CGUUACCUAAAGCUGGAGUUCAGUAACUUCAUCAGAGUGUGAUGUUAUCAUUUUUUUAUUUUAGAUAAAACCUUUUCUAUGGUCUUAUUGCUCUGCGCAGUGGGUCCACUUACUGAUACUAAUGUGAAGUAAACCCUGCAGUCAUGCCUACCAUCAUGGCUCAGAUCAGUGAUCCAAAGAUCGCAUUUGCCUACCUGCGCCCGGCCUGUGUCCUCCUCACCCGCGUGCCCACUGUGAGCAACGUGGAGACGCUGAGCGGCCAGUUAAAAGAAGUUGACGAUGCCACAUUGCAGCAGCUCCAAGAGUACGUCCUCUUCCCUCUUCGCUUCGUCCUCAAAGUCCCCGGGCCAAAGAAGGACAAACUGGUGCAGGCUGUGGCUGAGGCCAUGAGCCACGUCCUGGAGAUCACUUGUGUCCAGAGCUGGGAGACCCUCCGUGACCUCCUCUCAGAGCUCUGCCUCUGCUUGUGCUCGCCAACCGAUCCUGGGAAACCUGCAGAUGCAUCAGAGGAGCUGAAAUUGGCCGUGCUGAGAUGCCUGGACGCACUGCUUCAUGCUGCUUAUGGUGAUAUAGUCUUCAAACUCUUUGAACCGAUUAUGCUGCCCGGACUGGGAGCUGCUAUAUCGCUGCUGCUGGCUUUAGGAGAGAAGGAGAAAUCUCGAGAUGUACAGGCAGAAGCGUUGAAGUGCCUCCAGGCUUUGACUCUGCAGUGUGAAUGCACUCAGGAGCACAUAGUCCCAUCGCCAGAGGAGAGGUGUGCUGUAGGCAGCACCAUCGCUUCAUUCCUACCUGGGAUCACUGUGGCUGUAGCCAGGAUCAUUACAGGAGAUCUGAGACACGGCCAUGCAGUCACAGUCGCGGCCAUCAAGGUAUGGUCCAGGACUGUGGGGCUUGUGAUGGAGGACGCCCAGCUUCAGGCCAGUGAGCCCUGCAAGAGUCCCUCACCAGACCUGGGGAGGAUCUCACAGCUGAUGGUCCAUCGGAGACAGGACUGGGUGAAGAGCACCGCGGGGAAACUGUCUGGCCUCCUGAAGAAGAUCAUCUCCUGCACCGCUGCUCACCAGCACUGGAGGGUUCGACUAGAGAUGGUGGAGCUGGAUGACCACCUGCUGGCCAGGUGUAGCCAGUCACUGGGGGAGUGUGUGGGGCCGCUACUGGAAGCACUGGUGGGAGCAGUCAAUGAUGAGGAGCCCGGAGUCAGACAGAGGUGUGAAGUUGUUCUCCUGGAGGUAUCGCAGAGGAAUCAGAGCCGUGGCAGCAGCAGCAAUAUUACCAGUAAAAGCAGCAGCAGUGCUCAGACCUUCACAGACGUGCUCUCAGAGAAUCUCCACUCUCUGGCCACCUCGCUGCCCAGACUGAUGAGGACCUCUGAUGACCAGAAGAAGCUGUUUGUCCUCAACGUGUUUCUGGGUUAUUUAAAAGUCCUGGGGCCGCAGGUCUCCGUGGUUCUAAACUCAGCUGCACAUCUCGAAAGGAUUUCCAAAGCCUUGAUGCAGGUGCUGGAACUGGAUGUGAUGGAUGUUCGCAUCGUGGAGGAAAGGAGUUACGCCGCUACCAUAGAAACCAGCUCGGGCUCUGGUGAUUCCUACACUGCUCACACACAGAGGCGGCAUUUUCUCUUCUUCACAGAUGAGAAGAUCUUCUCUGUGCUCAUGGAGAUCUGUCGAACAUUAGGUUACUACGGCAACAUUUACCUGCUGACAGAUCACUUCCUGGAUCUGUACCAACAGUCUUCAGCGUACAGAAAGCAGGCUGCCAUGGUGCUCAAUGAGACCAUCAGGGGUGCAGCAGGGAUCGCCGUGGCAACAGAGGGUCAGGGUUUGGAGAGUCACGUUCGGGGACCCUCUGCCACACAGGAAGACCUCAAAGUGGCAGUCGUGUCUGUCAUGGAGGAGUACACCAGCCUGAACAACUGGCACCUGAUUACUGUCAGUGAGGAGACGCACAGAGACCGUCAGGACCAGCUGCUGCUCAGCCCGUCCAGACUCCUCUCCAUAUCCAACAGUAAUGUCGACAACACUCAGGCAAACUCUGUCCAAGUGAUUCCUUCUUCAUUUGGCACCCCGUCUUCCUCACCGCCAACCUCCGCAAUCCACCAGCUCAACAGCAACAUCUGGCAGCUGUGUAUCCAACUCGAGGGCAUCGCCUGCUUUGCUCAGGCACUGGGGCGGGACUUUCGGCCCAUCUUGAUGACAUCACUGUACCCUGUACUGGAGAAAGCCGGAGAGGAGACGCUGCUGGUCAGCCAGGCAGCGCUGGGCUGUAUGUGGGACAUCAGUAAGGCCUGUUGCUACCCCUCCCUGAAGGAGCUGAUCAAUGAGAACUCCGACUACCUGCUCAACGACAUAUCACUUAACCUGCAGAGGCUCAGCCAGCACCCACAGGCUCCACGGGUGUUGACAGUGAUGUUGACUCACUCUGACUGCAGCCUGCUGCCUCUGGUCGGGGACAUCGUUCAGGAUGUGCUGAUGGCUCUGGAUCUCAGCUACGAGCACACAGCUGCUCUUUUCUGCUCUGUGCUGCACGCGCUCAUGAAGGCUCUGGCGAGGUGGUUUCCCUCCAGUUGUGGUAGAACCAGUAAGUCUGCCAGAGCCCAGCAGACCUUCCCUAACGACGAAGUCCUCAACAUCCGCCAAUUCCUGCUGGAUCACCGCAAACAGAAAGAGCUGGCAGAGGGCAUUGGAAUAGAGGAUGACGACAUUGAAGACCUUAAUGCGGUGCCACCUCCCCAGGAGUGUGAGGACGUUGAGGGUAUUGAUGGUCCUGAUGUGAAAGCAGAGCUUCCCUCACACCUCAGUAUAACUAAAGAUGUCAUGGAGCGCUGCAUUCACCUGCUGUCCGACCCGAGUCUCAGGCUCCGACUCAAGGUUUUGGACGUGCUGGAGCUGUGUGUGUGUGUACUGAGUGAGAAGGAAAAUGAAUUGCUGCCUAUGGCCCAUCGCUGCUGGCCCGCCCUCCUGCAGAGACUCACAGCUGAUGACCCUUUAGCAGUCCUCAGAGCCUUCAGGAUGCUGUGUACGCUGGGUGAAACAUGUGGGGACUUCCUGAGGAGGAGAGUAUCUAAAGAGGUUCUGCCCAAGCUGAGCUCCUCGCUGGUACGGCAGGCUCCGAUCAGCGCCAAGGCCGGACCUGUCUACACACACACCCUGGCCUACAAACUGCAGCUGGCUGUGCUGCAGGGGCUGGGCUCACUGUGCCAGAGGCUGGAUCUGAGUGAGGUAGACUUGGAUGCAGUUUGUGAGGCCUGCCUGCCCUACCUGAGCUGCAGACAACCAAUCCGACUGCAAGAGGCCAGUGUGAGUGUUUUCCAGCACUUAAUCCAGGUGGAUCCGGAUGCCUUCUGGUUUACUCUAAAUGAGCUGCACUGCCCAUCCUCCUACAUCCCGCCCCACCCUGACCUCUACCCUGUACAGCUGAGUGGAAUGGGCCGACCGAGAGACGAGUACUCGGACAACGUGCUGAGGCUGCUGAGGGAGGAGUUUGGCUCGGUUGCUGAGACCCAGGACUAGCCAAUCAGCUAACGAGCUGGUGGUUGAUGUGAUUGACUCAUCCCUCACACGGAGCUCUUAUUGAACUGCUGAGUCCAACAAGUCAGUUUACUGUAAGAAAAUUUGACAAUUGUGCCAAAAAACGGCCAUCAGAUGACCUUCAUGCUCUGCACAGCUCUGGUAAGCAGCAAGGUACAAAGGGAAAAUGUCAAUGAAGCAUCUGUGCUGCUGCAGGUGUGGAAAACAAGAAACACUGAUCCUCUACAUUAGGAGACAUUCAGUCACAGUGCUGAUGGUUUUGGUUUCAUGUGAAGGCAUGUUAUGUUUGCUAUUCUUUUUAUUUCUUAAGAAAUACCUUAUUCCCACUUGGAACUACCUUGCUGGUUUGAAUUAUUCAACCUAUAUGUCUGAACAAGUGACUUUUAUACACAUUAACUUGGCUGUUGACCCAAAUAAAGAGAGUUUUUUGUGAAACCUUCUUAAUUAAAAUGAUCUUAAAAAUACUAACUAUAAAUAAAUAAUAACUAUUCAAAAUAAUUUUAUUAUGUGUCCUGUUGCAGUCAAACUUGACUCACUUGAUGAAAGGGCUGGGUAUCAAGCCUGAAAUGUUAUUGGUACCAACUAAAUGGAAUAUGGAAAAGAUCAAAUGUCUGGCCAGAUUGAGAAUCUUUUCAAAUCUUUAAAGGGGAACUCCACCUAUUUUACACACCAAAGACUGUUUACAGGUCUCGGGGGUAUAGUUGUAUGAAGGCUUUUAUGUCUCCAGAUGUAGCUGUUCAAAAUAUAAUUUUAGAAAUUGACUUUAAGAACACUAUGGUGGUGUAGCUAUACAAAGGAUGGAGGAAGCCUGCCCCAUCAGAGGAUGCUCUCACUAACCUGCCACCCACAUCACGUAUGCUGUCGGCAGAUGUGUCAGCUUGAAGGGAACAGGGUGCACCAGGCAGGUUGUGUAACUACGGGGGAAUUGAACGCCUCAUGAGAGGA